GCCGGGGACAGUCAGGAAGGUGUCUCCAUCGUGGUCCAGCCCUUCACUGCCGCAGAGCACAGCGCCGUCUACACCCGCAGCCCCGACAUGCGGCUCCGCGCCCUGCACCCCGUCCUGGUGCCCGUCUUCUGCGGGAUCCUCUGCGUGGCCUCCCCGGGCAUCUCCUCCAACACAGCAGGUCCAAAUAUGACACCAGAGGCUGCGGUGCGUACUGAAGACAGCUGGUAUAAUCACAGCAUAGCAGAACACAGCAUAAUGAUACCAGGCUUAUCCUCCAGUGACAACGAGAAGAAUGUAGUCAUCAACGACACGCGCCGUGUGAAGCUUGAAUGUAACCUUACUGUUGACGCCAAGGAUUUACAAAUCAAUGUUACAUGGAGACAUGAAAAGGAACAAAUUAGCAGCAACCUGUAUACAUAUGAUAACACAGAUAAUCAAUGGCGCACAACGUAUGAAUUUGUCGUAACAGACAUGAACAUGACCGGGAACUAUACCUGUAGUUUUAGCUCCAUGACAAAUGGAACAUUUAGUUUACAAGUGCCUUCGGUCCAUGGUGGGAAAAAGGUUUUAGUAAGCUAUAUUGGAGAUUUCAUAGUUCUAAAAUGUGAUGUCUCAACGAACCAACCCGAUAAAUGGUUAUGGUACAAAGUCACUGAGAACGAGCAGGUGCUACUAAAUUUCUCCAUGGAUCCCAAAAAAUAUGAAGAACUUAGCGACAAAAGCAAUGAAACAAAGCUGCGAAUUACAGAUCUGUCUGAAAGUGAUAAUGGCAGCUAUGUGUGCAAGGCCUUUUUUAAAAAUGUAGAAAGUGAAGGCCUAGUGUAUAUUAAAGUUCUCAGUUACUGGGUUCCUCUGAAGGUCUUCCUUGUGAUUGCAGGUGAAGUUGUAGUCAUAGUGACCGUAAUAUUGGUCUAUGAGGCAAUAAGCAAGAAGAAACGGGUUCAAGAAGACGAUAAAAAAGACUAUGAACCAAUGGCACAACUAAAACCUGAGGAUGGCAGCACUGACGAAACCAGCACCACCCGGCAGAGGAAGGUCUAAUACUCAAGUGAAGUGAACUCUAAUGCAACGGUUCAGCUAUUCUGCGUCCAAUAUCUUGAUAUCAGAUUAGGUCACCAUGACCCAACCAACAGAUCUUCAGAGGCCUUUCUGCAGCGCUGCUGACCUAUGGAGAUACCCCAAACCAUAUUCAUUAUUGUCAUUAAUGUAUCCUCCUACACAGAGGCGUAUAUUUCCCUCAAUGAAGUCUUUAAAUGGUCCCCUACCAACCAUGUGCCACUUAUAGCAAGCACCGUCUAUCCAGAUGGCACACUGCUGUAUGUGAGUGUCGCACCAUGGGGCGUAUUGAAAUGGGUAGCACGCCAUCUGUACAGAUCCUACUUUUUUCUAUUGGUAUCUGCUUUUUUUUUUUUGCAAGAGGGCUUUUGGAACCCUUUAGAUCCAGGGUUUGAGUGUAGCCGCCACCUCUGCACCUUCUAUAAGGUCUCAUGCACACGACCAUGGUUUUGUCCACAUCCGUAUGUCCGUUCCGCGGCCCCGCAAAAAAAAUAGAACAUGUCCUAUUCUUGUCCGUUGCAGACAAGGAUAGGACAGUACUACAGAGGGCAAGACGUUCAGUUCCGCUCCGCAAAAUGGGAACGCACAGGUUGGUAUCCGUGUUUUGUGG